UAUCACUUCACCCUAUAAAAGCGAAUUACAAAGCAUUUACUUUGCCUUGUUCUUCCAUUGCCUCCAGUACCCUAGCCCCCAAACUCCGCCAGUUUCAGGUAAGUCAUGAAGCACAACAACGUUAUUCCCAAUGGGCACUUCAAGAAGCAUUGGCAGAACUAUGUAAGGACAUGGUUCAACCAACCUGCUAGGAAAACAAGGAGACGUAAUGCUAGGCAGCAGAAGGCUGUGAAGAUCUUCCCUAGGCCAACCGCUGGAUCUCUUCGACCUAUUGUUCAUGGACAAACUCUAAAAUACAACAUGAAAGUCCGUGCCGGCAGGGGGUUUUCUCUUGAAGAACUGAAGGCAGCUGGUAUUCCCAAAAAGCUAGCACCAACCAUUGGCAUUUCUGUUGAUCAUCGCCGCAGGAACAGAUCCUUGGAAGGUCUCCAAACUAAUGUCCAGAGGCUCAAGACUUACAAGGCUAAGCUUGUCAUCUUCCCAAGGCGUGCUAAGAAAGUCAAGGCUGGUGAUUCUAGUGCAGAGGAGCUUGCUACUGCCACCCAGGUCCAGGGUCCAUAUCUGCCUAUUACUAGGGAGCAGCCUACUGUUGAAGUUGUGAAGGUCACAGAUGAGAUGAAGUCAUUCAAUGCCUAUGGUAAGCUGCGUAUUGAGCGUACAAAUGCCCGCCAUGUUGGAGUCAGGCAGAAGAGGGCGGCUGAAGCAGAAAAGGAAGAGAAGAAGUGAGGAAUUGAGUUGUUUCUGUAGUCUGUUUACGUAUUAUUGAACUCUUUAGUGGUCCUUGUGACAGAAGGACCAGAAUUUUAUCAUACAAUCGUUUUGAGGAAGUUAUGUUUUUCAUUUUAUUUAAAGGAUUUUGUGAAA